GAUAUACAGUGGCGUGCUUUGAUUUAACUGAACGCUUAAGCUAACUCCGUUGGACACUUGUUUACCCCCCUGACCGCUGGAGUCGACUUCCCUCCCCUUUUUAAUUACCAUUUUCCAACGAUGAGAAAACGCUCGCGCGGGCGCCUUAAUAGGAAGCAUCCUCUGUCACACUGCUGCAUGAGCAGUGUAUGGAGGUUAGGAUGACGGGACCUCGGGCAGACACGGGAACACAGCCAGAGGCAGCCAUGAGCCCUCCGCGGCGAUCAUCAAGCCCUCCACGCCGAUCAUCAAGCCCUCCACGCCGAUCAUCAAGCCCUCCACGCCAAUCAUCAAGCCCUCCACGCCAGUCAUCAAGCCCUCCACGCCGAUCAUCAAGCACUCCACGGCGGUCAUCGAAUUCCCCUGAUGACAGGCCCCCCACUGAGAACGUGCAGAUGAACAACAGUAGCAACUCCGGCGUGAUUCUGGACAUCUCGGCUCUCAAGAUGGCGGAAGUGGACUCUGAGGUGCCGCCUCUUCCACCUCGCUAUCGCUUCAGGGACUUGCUGCUGGGGGACCAGACAUUUCAGAAUGAUGACAGGCAGGAUGCUGAUGGGAGUAAUGUCGACAGAGUGAGGAGUGUUAAUUGGUCACUGAAUCAACUGACACCUCCUAGUGAGUCAAAUAGUGACACUUGGAAUGGAGACCCAGCACCGACGCAAGUUCUGCUGUCGAGCAACAGCUCGUCCCAGACACAGAUCAUUCACUCGUGUUGCCGUGAAAAUCUCUAACAUGACAGCUUUACAGCAGCACAGAGGAGGCCUUGUUUUUAGCUUUCUAAUCAUCUAUUUCUAAGUUGUUAAAAUGAUUCUGAUACAUUUCAUAAAACAAAGUUGUUGAAUUUUCUGAAGACACAGGUGUUCCCCAGAACAAAGUCAUGUUAUUAUAUAAGGUGAGCGGUUGUAUCUCCUUUUGUUAUAGGGAUGUUUUUUCAGUCCAUACACAUAUCACAGAACCAAACUCCAAAUGGAAUAAAUAGACGACACUUGUACACUGAUGCUGGCAGCAGCAGCUGUUUGAUUGCGCUGAUUCUGUGGCAGAGGCGACUGCUGGGAUUUGACGCUUGAAUGAUUUUCCAUCUGAGUUUAUGGGGCUGAUAAGAUGGAGAGCAAAGACAAAAGGGGAGAUAAGGAGCAGAAGGAGCACAAAUCCCAGAGGAAGGGAAAGAGGAAGAUGGAGUAGAUGGCAGAUAGAAGAUAGAAGAGAAAUGAGGCAGAUGAGGGAUAUGUAGAGGAUAAUUAGGUCCAAUAAGUCAUGGAGGACUGAGUGUUUACACUGCAGGCCCUCUUGCUCCAUGCCAAGUUCCUGCUCAUUUUACGUACAGGAUGGUAGUUUAGUGUUUGUGUAUCUGUUUAUACAGGUAUAGAUGUAAAUAAUGCGUUAUGUUUCUUGAUAUAGUAUAACUUAUGGUACGGCUGGCUCAAUAUUUAUGAUGAUAUGAACAUUAUAAUAUCAUUCCACUACCAAAAACAACUAAAAUCAGAUUUGACAAUUGUAUUACUGGGCUCUUCCUGACUUCUUAAAUGGAAAACAAUCUUGUCUUUUAAAUAAAGACAAUAACAAUAAAUCACCUGUUCAUUAGUUGACUAAUUGGUCGUUUCGGUCUUUAUAUGACUAAGAUUUCUUUAGUUGACUAGUACUUUUUUAAUGCUUUUUCUUGCUGUAUGACUCAUUUCCAAGAAACUUCUGAACACAUCUCUGGUAAACACAAGAUUUAAAGUGGAGAUUUUCCAAUUCUUUGUAGAGAAACUCUGUUUUACAAGAAGGAUAAUCAUUUUAUAAUAUACAAGUGCCACAUUUCUCAUGUCAAAGCUCUAUUUGAAUGUUUUGGAAAGAGUUCACCUGGAGUCACAGAUGUCCCAUGGGAAUUUCAAAAUAAAGGCAUAUCUUAAAGAUGAUGAUGUGUAUCGAUGUUUU